AUGGCCCUCAAACAGAGCAAAACAUAUAACCAGGGCCGGUUCCGAAGAGUCCUCCAGUCCAAGCUCGUGGCCACUGACGACGGAGUGCUGAAACCAAAGCACAAGGCCACCAUCGCCAAUGACAACAGUGAUUUGUUGAUCUACUUGAUCUAUGUCAACUACAUGAGUGAAUUGUUGAAGGAGGGUGCCAGCUCGCGCAACGGAGACUCAGGAAGCGAGGGGGAGGUCACCACGGAACGGUUAGACCACGCUCACGCCAAGUUGAUGAAACGGUACAGGGGUCAAACGAAAGGAAUUUCCCGUAACACCGGAGAAGAAAUCGUCUUUGGUGCCUAUGAUAAUGCCGGUGAUGAGGUCGAUGACGAUAUUUCGGGCUAA